AGCUGCAGAGUCAUUCUCACUACCUCUCUUUGAGUUGGAUAAGGAUAUUAAAUCCUGCAGCUAGAAAGAUGCAUCAUCAGACUGGAAACUAAUAAUUAAUUGAUGUGCUCCUUGUUAAAUCACCUAAAGUUGCAGAAGAUGAGAAACAGAUUCGGGUGAUGCACUUUGCAACGAGCAAUGCAUCAAGCCACAUGCAGGUAAGUUAACCUUGUGAUGAGCAGAGCCAAGAAACUUGUCCCAGGAAUUGGGUAGGCAAGAGUGCGAGGAGCAGGGGAGCUCCAUGAUUCCCCAAUGCAGUAGGUAUACCAAAGACAGGGAGUUGGUAGUGCAAUGUAAAUUACCAUAUUAGCAGGCUGAUUUCAAAGAGUACUAAUUUCUGCAACCAAACUGCCUAUAUAACACGAACAUGGAUUGUUUCUCUCUCGUUGCUUCAAUCCUUUGCUUUGGGCUGUUGAACACUAGAUAAGGUUUCUUGAACAAGCAUACAUGGCUGGUGUGGUAGCUCUUCUGGUCCUCCUUGUAGCAGCUGCUCCGGCCGCCUCCGCCACCGACUACACAGUGGGCGACUUGCAAGGAUGGGUAAGUGGGGUGGACUACACCGCAUGGGCUUCCGGCAAAACCUUCAACGUCGACGAAACUCUCUUCUUCCAGUACAAUGGUCUUCACACUCUGGCCGAGGUUGGAGAAGCUGACUACAAAGCCUGCUCGGCCAGCAACUCCAUCCAGACAUACACGGAUCAGAGCACCAAGAUUACCCUCACCAGGCCCGGGAGCAGAUACUUCAUCUGUGGCACACCCGGGCACUGCUCCAGUGGGAUGAAGCUGGCGGUGACCGUCGACGGUGCGAGCAGCUCGACGCCGGCCGGUUCUCCCCCGUCAACGCCUUCGGGCCUACCGGCUUCCGAUCCGACGACGGAGUCAUCUACUAAAUCCAGCGGGGGGAGGAGCAGGGGCUUCCACAGCGGGAAUGCUCUCCUGCUGCUGGGACUUGUUCUUGCGGGCUAGACGAGAGGCAGUGCUUUCAAUAUAUGGACUGUUGGGUUACGUCAUUUGGGUUAUUUCUUGUGAGGCUUUGAGCGGUUGAGUUAAUCUGCAUGGGAAUAAUAAGAUUAGUGUAAGAUGAUG